CGCAAUCACAGGCCGCGGACAAGACCAAAUCCUGACCGACCUCGGACCCCGUCCCAGGAGCGACACGGCACCGAGGGUCGUUCCUCUGGUUUCGAAGGCGCCUGGACUUUUUCGUCCCUCGCAGAUGAAGUGUUCGACGAAAUGCCGGUGAAGGCUCUGCCCGGUUCGCAAGAUGCUUUUCUCCAGAGCUGCUCGCCGCCUCCUUCUCAAUUCCAAUGACCAACUCCCAGUCUCUCCGUUUCGUCGCCUGAAGACCCUCCCUUCGGCUUCCUCCCUGGACGAAUCUCCUCUGCAAACCCGCAAGAAAGAUGACUACUUCGCAGUCGUCCAGCACGUCUCCAACAUCGUCCGCCACGACUACUACCUGGAGCGGACCCUCAACAAGAUGCGCGUUUCCCUGACCUCCGACCUCGUCUACCGCGUCCUUCGCGCCUGCUCCCGCUCCGGCACCGAGUCGUUGCGGUUCUUCAACUGGGCUUGCACCUGCCAGCCUGCUUCCUACGCCCCGACUUCGGUGGAAUAUGAAGAGAUUGUCAAGAUCCUGGCUCAGACCAAGAAGUACGAGUCCAUGUGGAAGAUCAUCCACCAGAUGAGAAGCCAGCAUCUGGGUCUUUCUCCGAACACCGCGUGUUUCGUCAUCGAGGAGUUUGGUAAGCACGGGCUUAUUGAUCAGGCGGUCGAGAUCUUCAACAAGUUGAAGCACUUUGAUUGUAAGCAGAAUGUGGACACCCACAAUUCUUUGCUGUUCGCUCUUUGCGAAGUUAAGAUGUUUCACGGGGCGUAUGCCCUGAUCAGGCGGAUGAUCAGAAAAGGAGAGGCUCCGGAUAAGAGAACCUUCGCGAUCCUUGUUAAUGGCUGGUGCUCUGCUGGCAAAAUGAGGGAGGCACAGGAAUUUUUGGAGGAGAUGAGUAGAAAAGGGUUUAAUCCUCCGGUGAGGGGUCGUGAUCUUUUGAUUGAAGGGCUGUUGAACGCGGGUUAUUUGGAGUCUGCUAAGGGAAUGGUGAGGAAGAUGACUAAGGAAGGGUUUGUGCCUGAUGUUGGGACCUUUAAUUCUUUGAUGGAAGCCAUUGUGAAAUCUGGGGAGCUUGAUUUUGGUCUUAGUCUUUAUCAUAGCGUUUGCAAACUAGGACUAUGUCCCGACAUUGUUACUUACAAACUUUUGAUACCAGCUGUUUCUAAGGCAGGAAUGAUUGAUGAGGCUUUCAGGCUUCUGCAUAGAUUGAUUGAGGAUGGACAUAAGCCUUUUCCUAGUCUAUAUGCGCCUAUAAUAAAAGGGAUGUUUAGGAUGGGACAGUUUGAUGAUGCAUUUAGUUUCUUCAGCGAAAUGAAACUUAAGGGUCAUCCACCUAAUCGGCCAGUUUAUACAAUGUUGAUAACCAUGUGUGGACGUGGAGGUAGAUAUGUAGAGGCUGCUAACUAUCUGGCUGAGAUGACAGAGUUUGGCUUUACGCCCAUUUCCCGGUGCUUUGACAUGGUUACUGAUGGAUUGAGGAGUUGCGGGAAGCAUGAUCUAGCUGAAAAGAUGAUGCAGUUGGAGGUCUCCCUGCAGUGAUUGAUGAUGGCUAUUUGAAUUCUGAAAGCUUGACGAUCUGGGUGCCCUCGAAUCAAGCAGGGACUGCUGAAGGAGGAUCUUUGAGGCUUUGUCCCACUUUAAGACAUCCGGUUCGUUGUGCAGUGGCUCUCACUUGGGAAUAAUUUAUGAACAAGUUCAAGAACAGAAAGCCCAUUGGAGAAGCUUGAAUUGGAUAUGCUGAAACAAGCAAAAUUGGAUGAACAUAGUUUGGCAAGCGCAGUAUGACUUGCUUCUUUUGGAGUUUCAUUCUAGUUGUUGUUGGACACCUGGUAACUAUUUUAUUUUUGCCUCAGUGGAUUUGAUCAUUAAGUCUUUCUGCUUUGUCUCAGUGGAGUCACUGUUGACAGAGCCUCUGGAUUUUGGUGAUAAGACCUCGGAGUAGCCAUCAUGAAUCUAUGAUGCUAGGGUUUCUAUUUUUUGGGUUGAAGCUGCAAAGGAAAACGAAAGUGCUAUAAGAGAUUUGUUGAAGGAUUUGUUGCUUUGGGUUGAACUUUUUAAGGAAGAUAGCCCUCAUGGUCGUUUCAUGUGGUGAUCAAUGGAAGGUGACCAUCGUCGAUGAUUACGUAAUUGAGAAGAGUAAUCUCAGCAGACAGUUCCUGUUUUGAAUUGGGAUAUUAAACAGGCUAAUUCUACCCUGUUUCCUGCUUGUUCUGCACUAGCGUUAUUGAAUAUUCAUCUUAAUGUGGAAGCUCUGCAAAAUCCCGUUGGGAUCACAAAUGGGAAACGUUUUGUGUACAGUUGCCAGGAAUAUCUCAGUUUUGUAGUUAAUGCACUGCAAAAUGUCAAUGCUCGGCUAUAUGCUUGCUUUUCGAAGGUCUUAUAUUUUCAGAAACUAUUGUCGAGUCAGGAAUGCUGCCUGAGAGACAUGGCCUACUAGCAAAACAAAACAGGGAAGAAAAUCUUCGAGGUUUAUGUUCAGAUUUGAAAACAGGAAAGAACAAAUGCAUAGGAUGAACUUUCACCUACAUCACGAUAUUAAGAAGCGGGAUACAGUAUUAUACAUUCAGAAAGAAGCAUUCCAGCAUGGGGACCGGAUUUAUACGACGUAACCGAUAUUGCAAACAAGAAGACCAGAGACUUCAUCUGAAGAAUCCAGACACAUAGUAAACUCAAAUCUCAGAUAGACCUAACUAGAUUGCCAAAGAUAGAGGUUGCCCUAAAUGAUGACCCUUGGCAUUGUGCGUCACCCUGCCUUCUCAUCAUGGCCAUCAUCACAAGUGGGCAUCUUUGCCUUCUGAUCAUCUCCUGACCCAUCGGGACCUGGCGUCCAAACCCCUGAUGAAUCAAGCUCUGAUCCAAGCUGACCAAGAGAAGUUUCUCUUGGUCUGCUUAGAAAGUGAAGGAAUUGAAGGGCUUGUGAGUGCCUUUUUGUAGGUGUCUGCAGUGGCAGGAUCUUCUCAGCAUAUGCUUUAAAGGAACAACUUUUUGUCCUCCACUUUGUAUAAGUCACCAAACAUCCUAGAAAUCCCAAGGAAUCUUCUGUGACUUCAGCUUCA